UUUCCUGUGAGAGACCAUCAAAAUGGGAACGUCCAUCCCAAAUCCUUAGAAGCAACAGGAGCCUGAACUCCAACAGGGGUUCUGAAUUUUUUGGAGCUGCUCUGAGUGCAUCAAGAAUUUGGGGGUGUUUUUGGCACGUUUGUUUUUGGCACGUUUGUUUUUGGCACGUUUGUUUUUGGCAGCCCUGCGUGGGCACGGGAAGCAGGGAAAGGAGAAGCAGGGAGAUCAGGGUGGACAGAGGGAUGGAGGGUGGAUGGAUGCACGUGGGAUUUAUGGAUUUGUGGACUCCUUCCCAGGCCCUGGAUCCAGCAGAGUCCCAGACAGAGCAGUGCUGCUGUGCCAGGAAUUUCCCACCUGGAAAUUCCCCGCAGCGGCUCCCGGUGGGUGCCAGCCCCGUGGGGCUCACAGGAGGUGCCAAAGUGGCACCUUCCCCCUUCAGAUCCACUUCAGCAGCUGCACAGCGGUGCCAAACCCCCUCCCCAGUGAAUUCCCACCCCAUUCCCAGCUCGUUCCCACUCGGGUGUGGAUUCUCCCUCUCAUCCCAAACCCGGCUGGGCUCAUCCCUGCUCCGGGGGUCCCUGCCUGGCAGCACCGGGGUGGCUCAGGGGGGGAUUUCAGCUCCCUUCCAAGGCUGGGAGCUGGCUCUGGAUCCUGCAGGUGCCCGGGGGCUCUCAGGGCUGGCCCAGCUGCAGCCGCAGAGCCCCAGCACUGCCAGGCUCAGAGAAAGGGGCUCCUGUUCCCCCGGGAUGAGCCUGGCUCUGUUCAUCCCGGCCCCAGCUGCGUCCCCGCUGUGUGAGCCCCUCUGUGCUGAGCCCACAGCACGGGGUUUGUCCUUCCUCUGCCUCCCGGGGGCUCAGCCCUUCCCGGGGGGGUGAAAUUCCCUCUGAGGGCAGCGCUGCUGGAGCGCUGCCAGCCGGGUUUGUGGUGGGGAAAAGGAGAGAGGAGUGUGGGAAAGAAAGGGAUGGAUGGGAAUCGUGGAAUGGUUUGGGCUGGAAGCGGCCUCAGGACUCAUCUCCCUUCCAAAGUGGGGGUUCCUUCCAGCAGACCAGAGAACAGACAGGAAAUCAGGGUGUAGGGAGGAAAAUAUUGUCCCAGAGCUCCCCAGAAAAUCCGGGAUAAAGCUGGUCUGGCUCUGGGACACCUCGGCAGCACGCCAGGCAUCACUGCGAGCUCUGUCCCACACCGCCCGUGCCAGCAGCAAACCACGGCCCAGCCUUCCAGGGAAAAUCCUCCUGGAAAGCCCCCAGCACCACCAAACCCCUGGGAAAGGGGUUUUUCCAGGGAAGAUGCCCUGGGAAUGAGCACCGGGAAGAGGCAGAGGGAUGCGAGCGGGGCGGGAUGAGGCCGAGCCCUUGGGAGGAGCCUCCUCCGGAGGGAUCGGAGCAGGAACGAUGCGAGACGGAGCCCAAACAGCCCCCAGGCAAACGAGGGAAAGCCAGCUGGGUUCUGCUCGCAAUAAAAAUAAAUAAAUUGUCCUUUUGCUGCCGCUUCCCCGCUGGAAGCAUUGGAAUAAUAGGGCAGAAGCUGCUGCAUGUGGGACAGCCGCUCUCCAGCAGCUGAUUUGCUGCAGAGCUAUUUUUGCCUGCCUGCCAUUAGCCAAUCUUGCCCCGAAAAGCAGGGGGAAAAAAAAAAAAAAAGGAAAAGCCACAUCCUCGACAGAGAUCUGGGCCGGGAAAACAGAAAAAAAACCAGAACCCAGGCGCUCCCUGGGGGCACGGGGCGACAUUCCCGGCAUUUCCUGGCAGCAGCUCCGGGAGGAGCCGGGGCCGCUGCCCCGCUUUGAUCCCGGCCCGGCCCGGCCCGGCCCGGCUCGGCCCGGGGCGGGGAUGCCGUAAGCGAGGAGCGGGCGGCGCGGAGCGGGAGCAUGCUCACUCCUGCAGCCAUCCCUGCAUCCAUCGCUGCAUCCUUCCCUGCAUCCGUCCCUGCAUCCCUUCCUGCAUCCAUCACUGCGUCCAGCGCUGCAUCCCUCCUGCAUCCAUUCCUGCAUCCAUUCCUGCAUCCAUUCCUGCAUCUGUUCCUGUAUCCAUUCCUGCAUCCAACCCAGAAUCCAACCCAGAAUCCAACCCAGAAUCCAUCCCUGCAUCCGUUCCUGCAUCCUUCCUGCAUCCAUCCCUUAUCCAACCCAGAAUCCAUCCCUGCAUCCAUCCCCGCCUCCCUCCCGCCUCCCUCCCCGCCGUGCCCGCUCCAUCGCUGCCAGCAGGGCUGGCACGGGGCACGGGCACGGGCACGGGCAGGGGGCAAAGCCCCGGCUCUCGGCAGCGCUGCUCCCCCCGAGCCGGGCGCGGGGGGCCGGGGGCAGGAGGGCAGCGGUGCCAGCGCAGCAGCCUCGGGGAAGGCCUCUCCCAGAAGAGACAGGGAUGGAGUCACUGGGAAGCCCCACGGAGGACGAGACCACGUCCUCUCCCCCCAACACUCUGAACUUUAACGGGGCCCAUCGGAAGAGGAAGACCCUGGUUGCACCUGAAAUCAACAUUUCCCUGGACCAGAGCGAGGGCUCCAUCCUCUCCGACGACUUCCUGGACACCCCAGAUGACCUGGACAUCAAUGUGGAUGACAUCGAGACUCCUGAUGAGACGGAUUCCCUGGAAUUCCUGGGCAACGGCAAUGAGCUGGAGUGGGAAGACGACACCCCGGUGGCCACGGCCAAGAACAUGCCCGGGGACAGCGCAGACCUCUUUGGGGACGGGGGCACAGAGGAUGGCAGUGCCACCAACGGCCGCCUCUGGAGAACCGUCAUCAUCGGCGAGCAGGAGCACAGGAUCGACCUGCAGAUGAUCAAACCCUACAUGAGGGUGGUGACACACGGAGGGUACUACGGGGAAGGUCUGAAUGCCAUCAUCGUCUUUGCUGCCUGCUACCUCCCGGACAGCAACCUGGCUGAUUACCACUACAUCAUGGAGAACCUGUUCCUGUACGUGAUCAGCAGCCUGGAGCUGCUGGUGGCUGAGGAUUACAUGAUCGUGUACCUGAACGGGGCCACGCCGCGCCGCAGGAUGCCGGGCCUGGGCUGGCUCAAGAAGUGCUACCAGAUGAUAGACAGGAGGCUGAGGAAGAACCUCAAGGCCCUGAUCAUCGUGCACCCCUCGUGGUUCAUCCGGACCGUGCUGGCCAUCUCCAGACCCUUCAUCAGUGUGAAGUUCAUCAGUAAGAUCCAGUACGUGCACAGCCUGGAGGAGCUGGAGCAGCUCAUCCCCAUGGAGCACGUGCAGAUCCCAGACUGUGUCCUGCAAUAUGAAGAAGAGAGGAUCAAGGCCAGGAAAGAAAGGGCAGAGGAGAAGCAAGACAUGGCUGAGAGGGAAAGCAGGCCCGUGCCCCCAGCAGAGGACCAGGAGACCAGCAUGUCCUGAGUGGGAGCAGCACGAGGAGUGAGCAGAAGGAGCAGCCUGGCAGUCACCCACCUCAGCGGGGACCAGAGCUUGCCACCACCUCCUUCCACGUCCUGCCAGCCCUGGAGCCUGCCUCCUCUGCCUCCAGACGCAAAGUCCUUUCACCUUUUGGGAAUCACUUUCCUUAAAAAAAAAAAAAAAGAAAAAAAUAAGAACAAAAACCAACCAAACCCCCCAGAAAUCGAAGCAAGAGCAGCACUUUACAGGACAGGUUCUGGUGUGUUGUGGGAAUAUCUGUGGAGAGCGUUGGCACAGGGCAAACACUCACUGUGUAUCCUCGGAGUAAGGCAAGAGCAUCCUCCAGUCCGUGGAUCUCCAGCCCAGGAAGAGAAUUUAUUUUUGGUUUCAGUUAUAAACCCUUCGCUCGCUGCUGGCCAGCACGGAGCCCUCUUGUUUGAGCUGCACCCCCAGUUCCUCCAGGACCCCCCAAGAGCUGCCACCCCCGGAAUAACCACCCAGGCAAUGGGAAGGGCUUUUCCCUCCUUUUUCCAGCCCGUGAGUUUCCUCCUGAAGGUUCCAGGUGCCCACAGCCCAGGCAGCACUGCCAGCUCCCAGCACCGCUCUGGAACUCAUGCCAGCAGGAAAUCCCAGGGGUUUUCCACGGUUUUUCCAUGUUUUUCCAGUUUUUCCAUGUUUUUUUCCAUGGUUUUUCCACAGUUUUUCCAUGGUUUUUCCACGGAUUUUCCACGUUUUUUCCACGGUUUCUCCACGGUUUCUCCACGGUUUUUCCAUGGUUUUUCCAUGGUUUUUCCAUGGUUUUUCCACGUUUUCCCCAUGUUUUUUCCUGGUUUAUCCCAUCCAGGCGCGUGAGGCGCUCUGAAGGGAUCCCACAGAACCUUCUCGUGAGGGCACCCACCCCCGAGGGGUUUGGAAGGAGAUUUCCAGCACGGGGAAGUUUCCCAGCCCCGUCUCCGUCUCGACGUCGCGCCGCCGGACAAUCGCUCGCUGCUGACCCCUCCCAGGGGCUGCUGGAAUUUUGGGAGGUUCCCUCGGGAGGGAAAUGCUCAUCCAGCAGCGUUCCAGCCUGGAAUGUCCCCCCGGAGAGGGCAGGACACCGGGCUGGCUGCCCAGAGGUGCAGGUGGGACUUGGACCCUCGGGAUUCGGGACUGGGGCUCGUGAGGAUUCCGUGAGCAAAGGAGGGCGGAAAGGAAUGAAGGAACAAAUUCUGGACAAAGUUCUUUGGGAAUUCCUGAUUUCUGAGGCACAGCCAGCUCGCGUGGCUUGGGUGGAUCCCUGGAAGGGCUCAAGGCCAGCCUGGGACAGUGGGGGUGUCAGACAGGGUGGCACUGGGGGGGUUUCAGCUCCCUCCAGAUCAUUCCAGCCUUCCCUGAUUCCAUAAUCAGGCCAAACCCUUCUCAAACAGCUGCGGAUGAAGAAUUCCCUGCCUGUUUCUUCACUUCAUCGCCCCUUUCAUUCUUCAGCUGAGGAAUUCCCUGCCCGUUUCUUCACCUCAAGGAGAAUUCUGGCAAAGCAGGGUUUUUCCUGAAGGUGGGGACGGCUCCUCUGGGCACACAACGCUGCUUUUCUCCUCCUUGCAGUGACCAAAUCCACUCUGGAUGAGAUCCUCCUUCCCCCGGGUGCUCCAAGGAGGCACCAGAAGUGCUUUUUAACCUUAAUUCUCAUUUGGGACCUUCUCCUCACACACUCCAGCCACGGAUGGAAAGCAGAGCACUGCGCCCACAGCACCAACCCAGAGGCUGAAGAUGGGAAAAAAAAAAAACAAUUCCACAUUCCAUCUAAAAAAAAAGAUUAAAAGCACCAAACAAGCUCAUUAUAAACCAAUUAUUGACAAAAUAUUCCAAGUUGGAAGGGGCUUGGAGCACCCUGGGUGGGAUUUAAGGUCCUUUCCACCAUCAGUGACCCACGCUGGCACUGCAGGGGAAGUUUGUAAUUGUACAACAAUCAAGUGGAUAAAAUGUGGAAUUACGGGGUCAGAAUCCAGCUCUAGGAAGGGUUUUGUGCAUCAAAAAACGUUCAAAAAUGCUGCUGUGAUGGAAAAGAUGGAUGUGGGAGACAAGGAAUGCAAAUCUCCUUUCGUGAGGCAGCUCUGGAUCCACACCAGAAUGGAAUUUGCUUUUUUGGUUCAUUCCUUCCCAAAACCACUCUGCACCUUCAGGAAAAAAUAAAAAAUACAGAAUGAGCAGCUCUGACAAUGAAACUUCACCUUUUUCCAAGAAAUUCCUUCAGAGCAAGGGAAUUUCAACUGGGAAAAGGACAGAUCCCAAGUUUCCCUUCACGAGAUGGAGGUGGGCAGAUGUUUCCAUAAAAAAAAAUCAAUUUUUAACGUCUUGGAAGCGAUUUUUUGGUUUGUUUUGUUUCAAAAAGUGCACUUUGUGAUGGAGCACCCCACGUGGAGUGCACUAGAUUUUAAUUUUUCAGUUUUUAAGCAUGUAAAGUUUAUCUUCAUGGAUGGAUGGAUGGACACAUGGAUAAAGUUUUUAUGUCUUUUAACACAGAGAAGAACCUGCAGCCCCAUCAAGGAGAAAUUAGAAACGUCAAAAGUGCAUUUUAUAGAAGAAAAAAAAUUAAUUGUCAUUAAUUAUUUCAACCUAGCAGAAAAAAAAGAAAUUAAUUAUCAUUCAUUAUUUCAACCAGUGAUUUUAGGUGUUGAUUGUAAAACAAGAAGUUACAAAUUCUUGGAAAAACAUCCAAAAAAAAAUGUCCCUGUCCCAAAGGUGGAGUGACAAAUCUCAGCUGGAUGGGGAGAAAUCUGCACUGCUGCUGCUGGAAGUGCAUUCCCAGCGGGACUGUGACCAGUAUAUAAAUAUAUAAAUAUGUUUAAAGAAGAAAAUGAAAGAAACUUCAUCCCUUUAGCAAUACUGCUGGACUGCUCGGUGCCCCAAACGUGCAGAAAACCACCCAAGAUCUCCAUUUCCGAGUUCCCUGGAUUAUCCUGAGCACUUUCUGGUCUGAUUUGACUUUUCCUGAGAUUUUUUCUUCCCGGUGAAUCCGUGGGAAGUCACAUUUUAGCUGCAGAAAAAGUUCUUUUAUGCCCCCAAAUCCUGGUGUUUUCACUCGUUGUGUGUUUGAUUGCAGGACCUCAAUCAGCUGAAAAAUCCAAUUUUUUCCUGUUCAGAGCAGGAAUUCCCUUCCCCUCUCUGGGAGGAUUCAUCCCCAGCUCCAGAAACUCCAACUUUUCUGGGUUUUCCAGCCAGAUUUGGGACAGGAAUUGUUGCUGUGGUUCCCAAGGAAGGCCCAGGAGCCACAGCUGGGAUCCUGCUGAGGAUUCCGGGGCAGGAAUUCACCCCAGUUCCUUCUGCCCAGCGCUGUGUAAUGUCAGUGGAUAUUUAGAGCUUCCCUCGUGGUGAUUUCUCCAUCUUUAUCCCCCACAGAGGGGCAGAAAAGGUUUCAAAGGCAGCAAAUCCUCUUUUUUAGAGGAUUUCCAAAGUCAGGAGUCAAGGCAGGCUGGUGGUGAUGAGCUGGGCCUGGAGCAGGAGAAAGGGACAAAAACCCACAAAAAGCACAUUUUUCUCUUUUUUAUUUCCCUCCUUCCUGGCAGCCAGAAGCGCAGCGGGUUUUGGUAAAGUGGAAUUCAGAGCUCACCACGACAAUAAACCACAGGUUUUGGGUUUUUUUUUCCUUUUUUUUGUUCCUUUGCAGCCCAGCCCCACCUGCCAAACGUGUGAAAUGUCAUUUUCUGCAGUGGUUGUAAUGAGGUUUGUGCUAGCCCCGAGUUUUGCUUUGUGUUAUUUCCAUCAAAUCUGUGGAUAUUCUAUUAAAACCAGACUCAUCCUUCAGCCAA